AUGAGUGUGCCGGCAUUCUCUUCUCCCUUCGCCUCUUCCUCCACUAUUCUUCCUCUGCUCAUGCGUCGGUCUCUUCUUCCUCUUCCCCUGAGUCACUGUCAAUCUGCUCUUCUCCCCGGUCCUCCUACGUCACCGCUGUUCGAUUUUGGCCGUGGGAAGCCUCGACCCUCUUUAUCUUCUUCGUGCUGCUGUGUUCUAUUGGCGAAAGAAGAGAGCUUCUCACAUGCCAUGCAGCUCGUGACACCUAUUGCGAUUUCCAUGGCGCUGCAAACGGCGGUGCAGCUCGGCGUGUUCGAUGUCAUUCAUGGAGCUGGUCCCGGCACCGAGAUGUCCGCUGCCGAGAUCGCGUCGGAGCUUUCUUGCAAGAACCCAGAAGCAGCUUCGGCGCUCGAUCGACUCCUCCAUCUUCUAGCGUCUCACUCUGUUCUCUGCUGUUCCGUUAUCCCCGACGAGAAUGGAGGGCCGGGAUGUUUCAGGCGAUUGUACGGCCUCUCUCCGGUGGCCAAAUUCUUUGUGCGAAAUACGGACGGUGCAUCGUUGGGCCCCGUGGUUGAAUUGGCUCAUAAUAAGGUCUUCCUGGAUAGCUGGUCCCAGCUGAAAGAUGCAAUAUUGAACGGGGAUAUUUCAUUCAAUGGGGUGCAUGGGUCACAUGCUUUUGAGUAUAUGAGGUUGGACUCCAGAUUCAACCAUGUGUUUAGCAAAGCGAUGAUGAAUCAUAGCACUAUAGUUAUGAACAAGAUUCUUGAAUCCUACCAAGGUUUUGGUGACAUCACUAGACUGGUUGAUGUUGGUGGAGGUCUUGGGAUUACUCUCAAGUCGAUCACAUCCAAAUAUCCAAAUAUUCAAGGAAUCAAUUUCGACUUGCCUCAUGUCAUUCAACACGCACCUCCUUAUCCUGGAGUGCAACACGUAGGAGGAAAUAUGUUUGAAAGCAUACCGAGAGGAGAUGCCAUCUUCAUGAAGUGGAUACUUCAUGAUUGGAGCGAUGAAUGGUGCUUGAAGCUGUUGAAGAAUUGCCAUGACGCCAUUCCUAAAGAUGGAAAGGUGAUUGUGGUGGAGGCAGUUUUACCAUUUGUAUCAGAAAUUUCUGCUGCAGCGAAAAGCAUCACCCAAAGUUAUGUGAUGAUGUUGACUUAUUGCCCAGGUGGCAAGGAGAGAACUGAGCAUGAGUUCAUGAAAUUGGCUACAUCAGCUGGGUUUAGAGGCAUCAGAUUUGACUGCUUUGUUCGAAACUUUUGGAUUAUGGAGUUCUUCAAAUAG